UGGAAUGAUUUGGAAUUUGAAAAUUAUUUUAGUCUAGGCAAUUUCAUCUUGUUGCUAUAGCAACGGCUUUCUCGAAUCGAUUCAACACUGUUUGAUCAAUGCAGUUUUGGCCGUCCGUGAUAUAAUAUGACUGAUUUUGAAUACUCUGACAUCAAUCCGGCUAAUGAGCUGGAGAAAAGGAUUGCCGACGCGUUUCUGAUUUUCGACCAUCAUGGAAAUAAAACAGUAGACGUGCGUGAAAUUGGAACCAUCUUGCGCUUCUUAGGAUGUGUCCCCACGGAGGCAGACGUAAACGAAGUCAUCUCGGCAACAGAAUUUGAAGAUUCCAAUGGCACAGUGCAUCUGUCUAAAUUUCUACCAUACGUUAGCCAGUUGGUUGCGGAGCAUAAAAUGGAACCAGCACCACCGGAAAAGCUGCUCAAAGCAUUCCGUGUGUUGGAUCAAGAAGGAAAAGGAUUCGUCGAUAAGGAGUACAUGACGAAAUUGAUCACCGAGGAAGGUGAACCGUUCACAGUGGAGGAGCUGGAAGAAAUGAUGGCAGUUGCAGUUGACAUGGCAACGGAUAAAAUUGCGUACGAACUGUAUCUGAACCAAUUGCUGGUAAGACAUCUUUCGUUGCUUAAACAAUCUUCCUUUAAUUCUACUUUAUCCUUUGGGAACUAGCACGAACCACACGAUUCUAUUCAUGCACUUGCCGAUGCGCUGCUUAAUCGAAACAAUCGCUGAUGAAUGUUAAUUUCCUUUUCUCACCACAGGUUGACUUCUGAUGGAAGUGAAAUAAAUUUGCGGAUCGGAUUAUCUCCCUCA